AUGACGCUCGCCCGCCUCGUGGUGGCUCUGAUUUUAGGGGCGCUCUCCGAAGUGAUAGGCUUUGAUCCAGUCUUCAGAUAUCCGCUCCACCACCACCACCACCGCCAUUCGCUCUCCCCGGGUCCCCAGCACCCUCAUUACCUUCCCUCACCAAAGCGGCCACAGAGGACACCACCGUCACCCCUUGUCCUGCGCCCCCUGCGCCCCCCGCGUCCCCCGCGGGCGCUCCCCGCGCAGCGCCUGCAGGCCUUCCAGGCUGGACACACGCCCCGCCCGUACCCCGGGGGCUGCCCCUCUGGGGAGCCCUGGGUCAACGUGACGGACUUCGGGGCCCCCUGUCUGCGCUGGGCAGAGGUGCCACCCUUUCUGGAGCGGUCGCCCCCGGGGAGCUGGGCUCAGCUGCGUGGGCAGCGCCACAACUUCUGUCGGAGCCCCGACAGCGCGGGCAGACCCUGGUGCUUCUAUGGGAACGCCUACGGCAAGGUGGACUGGGGCUACUGCGACUGCAGACGCGGUGAGUCAGUGCGACUUCAUGGUGGCAAAAAUGAGUUUGACGGCACAGUGGAAGUAUGUGCAAGUGGAGUUUGGGGCACGGUCUUUAGCAGCUGCUGGGGUGAUUCUAAUGCAUCAGUCACUUGUCACCAGCUGCAGCUGGGAGGAAAAGGAAUAGCAAAACAAACCCCGUUUUCUGGACUGGGCCUUAUUCCCAUUAAUUGCAGCAAUGUCCGUUGCCAAGGAGAUGAAGAAAAUAUAUGGCUUUGUGAAAAAGACAUCUGGCAGGCGGUGUGUCCUCAGACGAUGAUAGCUGCUGUCGCGUGUAGCAUUUCCCUUGGCCCGGUGUUCCCUGCUGUCCGCCUUGCUGGUGGGAGAAGUGUUCAUGAAGGCCGGGUGGAGCUGUACCACGCCGGCCAGUGGGGGACCAUCUGUGACGACCAGUGGGAUGACGCAGAUGCGGAAGUGAUCUGCCGGCAGCUGGGACUCAGUGGCAUUGCCAAAGCAUGGAAUCAGGCAUAUUUUGGAGAAGGAUCUGGCCCAGUAAUGUUGGAUGAAGUGCGUUGUACUGGGAAUGAGCUUUCCAUUGAGCAAUGUCCAAAGAGUUCCUGGGGAGAACAUAAUUGUGACCAUAAAGAAGAUGCUGGAGUGUCCUGUACGCCUCUUACAGAUGGGGUCAUCAGACUCGCAGGUGGGAAAGGCAGCCAUGAGGGUCGCUUGGAGGUGUAUUACAGGGGACAGUGGGGCACUGUCUGUGAUGAUGGCUGGACGGAGCUGAAUACAUACGUGGUUUGUCGACAGCUGGGAUUUAAGUAUGGUAAACAAGCCUCUGCAAACCAUUUUCAAGAAAGCCCAGGUCCCAUAUGGCUGGAUGAUGUCAGCUGCUCAGGAAAGGAAACCAGCGUCCUUCAGUGUUCCAGGAGACAGUGGGGAAGGCACGACUGCAGCCAUCGGGAAGAUGUUGGUAUCUCCUGCUACCCUGGCAGCGAUGGACACAGACUUUCCCUGGGUUUCCCUAUCAGACUGAUGGAUGGAGAAACUAAGAAAGAAGGACGAGUGGAGGUUUUUAUUAAUGGCCAGUGGGGAACAAUCUGUGACGAUGGGUGGACUGAUAAGGAUGCAGCGGUGAUCUGUCGACAGCUUGGCUAUAAGGGUCCAGCCAGAGCAAGAAGCAUGGCUUAUUUUGGGGAAGGAAAAGGACCUAUCCACGUGGACAAUGUGAAGUGCACAGGAAAUGAGAGGUCCUUGGCUGACUGUAUCAAGCAGGACAUCGGAAGACACAACUGCCGCCACAGUGAAGAUGCAGGAGUUAUUUGUGAUUAUUUUGGCAAGAAAGCAUCAGGUAACAGUAAUAAAGAGUCCCUUUCGUCUGUCUGUGGCGUGAGAUUACUGCACCGUCGGCAGAAGCGGAUCAUUGGUGGGAAAAAUUCCUUAAGGGGUGGCUGGCCAUGGCAGGUGUCCCUCCGGCUGAAGUCAUCCCACGGAGAUGGCAGGCUCCUCUGUGGGGCUACACUCCUGAGCAGCUGCUGGGUCCUUACAGCAGCACAUUGCUUCAAGCGAUAUGGUAACAGCACUAAGAACUAUGCUGUUCGAGUUGGAGAUUAUCAUACCCUGGUGCCGGAGGAGUUUGAAGAAGAAAUUGGUAUUCAACAAAUUGUGGUCCACCAGGAGUAUCGCCCAGACAGCAGUGACUAUGACAUUGCCCUGGUUAGAUUACAAGGACCAGAAGAGCAAUGUGCCAGAUUUAGCAGCCAUGUUUUGCCAGCCUGUUUACCACUCAGGAGAGAGAGGCCACAGAAAACAGCUUCCAAUUGUUACAUAACAGGAUGGGGUGAUACAGGACGGGCAUAUUCAAGGACACUACAACAAGCAGCCAUCCCCUUACUUCCUAAGAGGUUUUGUGAAGAACGUUACAAAGGUCGGUUUACAGGUAGAAUGCUCUGUGCUGGAAACCUCCAGGAACACAAACGUGUGGACAGCUGCCAGGGAGACAGCGGAGGACCACUCAUGUGUGAACGGGCUGGGACCAGUUGGGUGGUGUAUGGGGUGACCUCCUGGGGAUAUGGCUGUGGAGUCAAAGAUUCUCCUGGUGUUUAUACCAAAGUCUCAGCCUUUGUACCUUGGAUAAAAAGUGUCACCAAACUAUAA